UAUCGAUUUAUCUCGAAGGCUAUCGAUUUCAGAGAGAAACGUCAGAGGACUUUUUUAUGGAUGAAGAAAUUUUUUCUUUAAAUGGUCUUUUGACAUUUGCUCUUGGAGUUGAUAGUUCUCGAGUAAAAAAGAAUCUCUCGACUGUGGCGCCCCUUUAUAAUCAUAAUAACCCAAGAUUUUUUUUUGUGUAACUUCGCUACCGUUCAGUACAGCUCAAUUCAAUGAACCUGAGAACAGCUGUUUCUUUUGAAUAAAACACACUGUCUUCCUCUCGUUAUCAAUGUAAUUAAACGCUUGUUGGAAUAAAUAAUGGUGCCGUAUUCGAUCUGUGAGACAAAUUGUUUAUAACAUCGGGAUUACUCACCCCCAGGAUGUUGUCGGCCUUUAAGAGGCUAGCCGGUAAACAGGAUGCCCCGAGCUCAGGGCGUCCAGCCCACCAGACGAUGCCCUCGACGCUCCAGCGAAAAUUCGCAAAAGGUGUCCAAUACAACAUGAAGAUCAUCAUCAAAGGCGACAGAAAUGUGGGUAAAACUUGCCUAUUCCACCGACUCCAGGGUCAGAAGUUCAUCGAGGAGUACCUGCCAACGGAGGAGAUCCAGGUGGCAUCGAUCCAGUGGAACUACAAAGCAACAGAUGACGUCGUUAAAGUCGAGGUGUGGGACGUGGUGGACCGAGGUCGACGAAGAAAAAAACUCGAGGGUCUAAAAAUGGACAACCUGGGUGACGGAGUCCUGGAGGAGCCAGCACUAGACGCUGAAUUCCUUGACGUCUACAAGGGAACCAACGGCGUCAUCAUAAUGAUGGAUAUAACAAAACCCUGGACCUUCGAUUACGUUCAACGAGAACUCCCCAAAAUUCCGGAUCACAUCCCAGUGAUUGUCCUGGCAAAUCACUGCGACAUGUCCCAUCAUCGAGCUGUCACCUCUGACAAAGUGACAUUUUUCAUCGACUCCCUGAAGGACCGGAGGAUUCAGGUACGAUACGCCGAGUCAUCGAUGAGAAACGGCUUUGGACUGAAACUCCUCCACAAGUUCUUCAACCUACCCUUCCUCCAGCUCCAGAGGGAGACACUCCUCCAACAGCUGGUGACAAACGAGGAGGAGACACACUUGACAUCCCAGGAACUCGAUCUCUUUCAGGAGAGCGACGAUGCAGACUACGAUAAAUUCCUGGACAAUUUGGUCCACCGAAGACGAGUAAUAGCAGAUUCAACGUCAGCUGGUGUUUUAGUACCGAAUGUCACGUCCUCUCUGAGUGCUCACGCCCCAGGUGUCAUUCCAGAGGUGAAAAGAGCUCCCAGGACGAUAGGUGGAGGGACUCCAAUUCCUGUGAAGGUAGAGAAAUCCAGAAAGUCUAGUUUAAAUCAAUCCAAUGGAGAUUCUGCAGUCGAAGAGAGAAUUCCCAGUCUGAAUCCAUCCCUGGGGAAGAGGGAGGACGUCCUGGUGAGUGUUGAGGACUUUGUGCCUGAUGAGGGGAAUCUCGACAGGUCCUUCCUGGAGGACAGCCAGGGGUCGCCGUUGAAGGGACAAAAUGAAGUCCCUGGAGAGACUGACAGUGACACUGAGACUGGGAAUCCUCUGGUUGCUGGGUAUGAGGAUGAUUUGUCCUCUGGGGAUGAGACUGCUGUUCCUGUGGAGACCAGGGUCCUGGAGAACCCUCUCAGCAGGAGGAAGAGGGUGGGGAGGGAUGGAGAACAGAAGAGGGACUCAAUUUCCUCCAGUGAGGAGCUGGGGAAUGGCGUUGAGGGUCAGGAGGAGGGAUUUGACAGCUGGCUGGCCACUGACUCCAAGUGGAGGCAGAGUCCUGAGGGCGGGGAGGAUGUCGCCAGCACUGGGACCAGGAAGGAUAAACUCGAAUUGAGUGAUAAGAGUCUUGAUGUCUCCGUUACGAGUUCCAAUGUUCAUUUGGAAUUGCUUGACUGUUCCGGGGCCAGGAGGGACUCCGACGAGAGCCCCGUCCUGAGAGAGAGAAAAAAACAUGUGGGGGAGGAGAAGGAGAAACGACGGAAGAAGAAAAACAAGGACAAGGACAAGGGCAAGGAAAAAUCGGAGAAGAGUGAGAGGAAGAAGAAGAGAUCGCAUCAUCGAGCGAAAAAUGAAGAGAAGGGUCGAGACGAACUCGAGGAGUUCCUCAAUGGCUCCACCAUGAAAGAACCUGUUGACAUGGCGUAUGAGGCACUUUAACGAUUUUAAUCUUGAAGAUAACAUGCUUACCGAAUGGUUACACUAAAUUAUUAAUAAUCUCGAUUUCCUCGACAGAUUCUCUCACAUUUUGACAGAAUAUUACGGAUUUUAAUAUAAAUUUGGCAUCGAUAUUAUAUAGAAUAAAUUUCGGGGAUUCCUAUGUCGUGAUUUAGAGACAUUUUAUUUAUUUGUAAAUGUUUUUUUUAUAUUGUGUCAAGAUUUAAUGGAAUUUGUCAGUGAUUUCCACGAGAAUUCCAGAAUUUAUCUCUAAACUAAAAUCAGUAACUCAAUCGUAAAUACCGAUUUUUUAAUUUUAUUAAUAUGUUUCCAUUCGAGUGCUGAUACCAAUUUCAUUUUUUAUUACUGUUAUUUAUCAUUAAUGAUCUCUAUAAUCGAAAAAAGUCUGUUGUUAAUUUCUA